AUGAUCAAAGCAAUUUUAUCGUUGGUCUUGCUGACCAUCGCAUUUACCUACUUGCCAACUGCUGCCGCAGUCCAAAUGAACCAAACUUCAUGUUGGCCAUUCAGUGAUGCUGGCACCACAGCAUUGAGAGGUCAAACAAAGAAGGUGUUUGCUCACUACUUCUCUCAAUUCCCCAUCGCCAUUGACAAUGUCGAUUCCUCCAAUGACUACUACACCAGGAACUUCUUGAACCCAUUGGGAGAAAACAAGGCUCACUUCAACUGUGGUGGCUUCUUUAGACAGAGACCUUUGCCUCGUCCAGUUAGACCAGAGUCAAACUGGGCUGACUUGGAUAUGCGCCUAGAGGUCACUCGCGCCAUCGCAUUGGGUUUGGAUGGUUUCACUUAUGACAUGCUGAGCUUGACAUCGACCAGUGUCUACUGGACCCGUUUGCUAGCCAUUAUGAAGGCCGCCAUCUAUGUUGACCCAGCCUUCAAGAUUGUCCUGAUGCCAGAUAUGAACGCUGGAUGGGCCAGCUCCAACGCCUCCAACCUCAUUCCAGCCAUCGUCACCCUGGUAAACUCUCCAGACAACGCUGCUCUCUAUCGCGAUGCCAGUGGCAACCUUGUGAUCUCUGCCUACAGAGCCAACAACCAAUCUCCAGCCUGGUGGGCCAACCUUGUGUCCACACUCAAAACUGGCUACAACAUCAGCGUAGUCCUGUGGCCGGUGUUCCCAUCGAUCACAUCAUCACUCAUCUCCAGCUAUGGCGCCAGCAGUGUUGGUAUGUCCAACUGGGACGGCAACUGUGUCAAGAAUGCCGCCAGCUUCGUCAACGCCGCCAACAACUUGCACACCGCCGGCGAGAAGUACAUGUCGCCAGUGAUGUCCCAGAACCAUCGUCCAAAGGAGUUCCACUAUUGGGAGGCUCGCAACUCUGAGGCCAUGCGCGCUCACUUCAUGGCCGCCAUCAACGGCAAUGCAGAGUGGAUCCAGAUCAUCACCUGGAAUGACUACUCUGAGGGCACUGAGAUCUCGCCAUCGUCAGGCACCCAGUAUUCCUACUACGACGUUGCCGCCUACUACCUGCGCUGGUACAAGCUCGGAACACCCCCCGCCAUCUACCGUGAUGCCAUCUACUACUUCCACCGCAACUCGCUCACCACCCAGAAGCCGGACAUCCCCGCCCACCAGACCCAGAACUUCUCCCUUGUCCCCUGUGACCCAGCUGUUGAUCGUGUCGAGGUCCUUGCCUUCCUCACAGCCCCCGCCAACAUCACCAUCACCCAGGGUGGAAACAAGGUCAACAAAUAUGUGCCCGCCGGUGUCCAGUCCGUCACUGCCAACCUGAUCCCAGGCUCCACCCCAGUGUUCAAGGUUACCCGCAAUGGUGCCACUAUCAUCAACUUGACCAGUACUAUCACUGUUGCCACCACUAUCCAGAUCCAAGAUCUCCUGUACCGUGGUGGAGGCAGUAUCACCUGUACCAGACCCAAUGUCUGA